AUGGCAGAUAAUAGUACAGUAAAAGCCUUUAGUUCCGCCGGUGUUACAACUGUUGACUUAGUAGUUAUUGUUAUCUAUCUUUUACUGUGUCUUGCUACUGGAAUAUGGGCGACAUGGCGAACACAAAGAGGCAGUAUAAGUGGAUAUUUUCUGGCAGGAAGGGAUAUGAUCUGGGUCACAAUUGGAGCCUCUUUAUUCGCCAGUAACAUAGGUAGUGGUAGCUUUGUUGGUUUGGCAGGAACCGGUGCAGCCAAUGGUAUAGCAGUGGCGAGUUACGAACUCAAUGGUUUAUUUUGCUUGCUGUUGCUAGGAUGGUUAUUUGUUCCUGUUUAUAUAGCCAGUGGGGUGUUCACCUUACCAGAAUAUCUGAAGAAACGCUUUGGGGGACAAAGACUUCAGGUGUACAUGUCUGUGCUGUCUCUUAUUAUAUACGUCUUCACAAAAAUAUCUGUAGAUAUGUAUGCAGGUUCAAUAUUCAUACAACAAGCAGUAGGAUGGGAUCUUUAUACCGGUGUUAUAGUACUGUUGGCUAUUUCAGCUAUUUAUACAAUUUCGGGUGGACUAAAAGCUGUUAUAUAUACGGAUACUCUUCAGACUGUCAUCAUGGUUGCUGGAGCUAUCGUUCUUAUGGUGCUAGCAUUUAUCAAAGUUGGUGGGCUGGAGAAGAUAUACGUACUGUAUCCCGAGGCAUUACCAUCGCCUCUUAUCGAUAAUUCUACCUGUGGUCAUCCUACUGACGAAGCUUUUCAUUUACUACGAGAUGCUGUAACAGGAGACAUUCCUUGGCCAGGAAAUGUUUUUGGCAUUUCUAUACUGAGCUGUUGGUACUUCUGUUCAGACCAGGUUCUUGUACAAAGAUCUCUGGCAGCGAAAAACAUGCAUCAUGUUAAAGGAGGAUCGAUAUUAGCAGCGUAUUUGAAAAUUUUGCCAUUGUUCACAACAGUGUUUCCAGGAAUGAUUAGUAGAAUUUUGUACACGGAUCAGAUUGCAUGCGUAGAUCCAGCAGUAUGUAAGAUAGUUUGUGACAAUGCAGCAGGCUGUACUAACAUAGCUUAUCCUAAGCUUGUUGUUGAAUUAAUGCCUGAAGGACUACGCGGACUUAUGUUAGCGGCCAUGAUGGCUGCUUUAAUGAGUUCUCUCACAUCAGUGUUUAACAGUUCAAGUACUAUAUUUACAAUGGAUAUAUGGAAGCGUAUUAGAGCAGGAGCUUCUGAUGGGGAAUUGCUAGUUGUUGGGAGAAUAUUCAUUAUUGCUCUGGUGGUAAUAAGCAUAAUAUGGAUUCCCGUGUUACAAGCAUCUCAAGGGGGACAACUCUUUAAUUACAUUCAAUCCGUAACAGGAUACCUCGCACCGCCAGUGUUAUCGCUCUUCCUAUUGGCCAUGUUGUGGAAAAGAACCAAUGAAAAGGGAGCGUUUUGGGGAUCAAUAUGUGGAUUGAUUGUCGGAUUAGUACGCAUGGGAUUAGACUUUGGAUAUGGCUCACCAAAAUGUGGCGAAGAAGAUACAAGACCAACUGUUAUAUCAAAAGUUCAUUUUCUUCAUUUCACUAUAUUUCUGUUUUUCUUCAGUAUGCUUGUAACUAUUGUUGUUUCCCUGGUAACGAAGCCCGUAGACGAAAAACAUCUAAUCAGGUUAACAUGGUGGUCACGUCAUAGUACCCUCACACGAGAACCAUAUCCUGAAGAGAUAUUAUGGGAAGAGAAGUCCGAACGCCUUAAAACGAGCCAAGCAUCAAAGAAACACACGACAGAAAUACCCACGUGGCGAAAGGUAGUUUAUAUGAUAUGUGGAUAUGAGAAGCCAAAAGAAAUAACACGGACAGAAGAAGAAAAAUUAGAACAGAUAAGACUGUUGACACACAUUAAAGAGGAUCCUAAUUGGAAAUUGUUUGUUAAUUUAAAUGCAUUACUGUUAAUGUGUAUUGGAAUAUUUAUGUGGGCAUUUUUUGCAUGAAAUAGUAUUACAUGUACCUUACUUAAUACAAAGGAAUAUGUAAGUCUUAUCUCGUCACUUGUCGUUCGUCCGUUGAUAAAACAUUUCAAAACAAAUUAUCUGAAGACACUGCUGGGACAGGAAACAAGCUUCAACGUAAUCAUUCUUGGAUGGUCUAAAGUGUUUAUCUAUUAUCCUACGUCUUUGCUAUAGAUGGAGUAAAGUAUUAAUACAGCCAAAAGUGUAAUCUCUGUAUGGCACAUAUUUAUCUGUUUAUCUCAACAUGCUCAAGGCAGUAAUUAUUGUCGAUUGAGUUACCUUUCUUUUAUUUAUUUACAAUUGUUUUACUGUAUCUUAUUCUUCUGUAAAUAUAGUAUAUGUUGAUAUCGUAACAAAAUAUAUGUGUGUAACCUUAAGAUUUUCUGUAAUUUUACAUAAUAGUAUAGCUUUUGUACUAC